AUGGCUUCCAAGACUGAAGACGUCACUGCCACUCCCCUUACUCUAGGCGAGGAGAUGAACAAAGCCACGCGCCCCUUACACACCAAGCUCAACAAGCUCGUCGUCUCGCGCAUGCGUCUAGCCCUGCCCCCUCACGCCGACGACGCGAAAAGCUACACCACGGGCCUACUGCACAUCCUACCCAUCUACCAGGCCUUCGAGCAGGAAUGGGACGCCGUCCUAGAGGACUCCCCCACGGCGGCGAAACCGGACGAUAGGGUAACCUCGCUCCUGGCGGACUUGCGCGUCGAGGGCCUGGCCCGCACGAGCGCCCUAACGGAGGAUGUCGCCGCGCUCCUCGGCCGCGACGACGCCCUGGUCCGCGCGCGCACCCAGUCCGUGUCCCACGCGCCCGCGCUCGUCCGCUUCCAGGAGCAUAUCCGGAAGACGGUCCGCGCGCGCCCGCAUGUCCUGGUCGCGUACGCCUGGGUCUUGUACAUGGCCCUGUUCUCCGGCGGUCGCUUUAUGCGCGCGUCGCUCGAGCGCGUCGAUCGGAGCUCCGGGUUCUGGCCCCGUCCAGCAGCGCCGUCAUCGCCGUCUUCCCCAUCCCAGCCCUCCUCCGGUGAUGACGACGACGAUAAGCCCGAGCUCGGGUUUAGGAUGCCAGGCGCUUUCGACGCCUUCCGGGUGAUCGAGGAGGACUUUCUCCGCAAGAACAACUUCGACAACUACGGUAACUACCGGCAACAAGAAGCACAGCAGCAGCAGCAGCAGCCGCCGCUGAGCUUCCUCCACUUCGAGACGCCGGAGGACGGCGAGGACCUGAAGCGCACGUUCAAAGAGACGCUGGCGGCGGCGACGUCGGUCCCGGAGCCGCGGCUUACGGGCGGGGAGCGCGCGGACGUGGUCCGCGAGGCGCAGGCCAUCUUCGAGCACAUGAUGCUCGUCGUGGAGGAGCUCGACGAGAUCUGCGGGACCGAGUACGAGGAGCAAGUUGCUGCUGCCGCCGCCGCUGCCGCCGCUGCGAACGUGGUGUUGGAGAGGGAGAAGAGGAUGCGGAAGAGGGUUGCGGUUGCGUCUGCGUCUGCUACUGCUGCUGCGGUGGCGGUGAAGGGGAGGAGAGUUGGAACUGGCGUGAAGAGGGGCGAGACAACGGCAGCACUACCACCACCACCACCACAUCCGGAUCUGAGUGGGAGGAACGGAGAUGCGAAGGGUACGACUGUCAGAUUUGAAUAG